AGAGAGGGAGCGUUGUCAUAUCUCUGUGAGGACGGUGAAGCCUUCAGUCUACUCUUCAGCUCAGAGACCCAGAAUGGCGACAAGUCGAGUGGCCAUCCAGUCAGCUGGUCAGCUGUUGGAUCUGCUUAAGGAAAGCACCAAAGUAAAAGAUCCAGAUUACCUGAAAUGGGUUUCAGACUUUGUGUCCAAGAAUAAGAAGACUUUCACCUUAAAGAAUCCAGCUGGAGCCAGGUUGAAGAUCGGAGGCCUGGAAGACACCAUGUACAAAGGGAAUGAUGGCAAGUUGAAUGGGUGGGGGAAAUUCUACCUUCCUGAGAUAGUAACCAUGAAGGUUGUAGGAGUAGUGGAGGGGACGUCGUGCCCAUGUGAUCAGCUGGUCCUGAUGACCUGUGAGGACAGAAAGGUGUAUGCCUUCGAUGGAGAGGAAGAGGAGCUGCACAUGGUGGCUGAGAACCUGAAGGAGCUCGGUGAGAAGGGACUGAUGUAUCCUUCAUCACAGAGCUACUACAAAGGAGAGCCCUUCAAACAUAUGACGAAGGAGGACUGGGACAAAGUGAGGAACAGUGAAGUGGGGAAGAAGCUGGACAAAGAGCAUCGUAAACUGGUGGAUUCAAAAAAGUUCAAACUUCUGGAGAAACUCAAAUCAACCAAAGGUGCUGCCCCAGGUGCAGUCUGAGCUGUUGUUUCACUAUGUGUUAGGAGGAGAAUAAAAAGGUGUGAGGUUCAGGUACCCUGUACAUUUAAUCUUUGGUCUGUAUCUUAACUAUCCACACAGCCACUUCUGGCCCAAAACAAUUUAAAAGAAAUGUGGCUGGUUAGUGAGCGCUCCAUGUUUAAAAGGCUCAGUCCGUCCUGUCUUUACUGCAUGUCAUCCCCCCCUCUCUCGCUGAUCUUUAUUGUCUUCAGCUUUCCUGUCAAAUAAAGGCCCAAUAUGCCCCAAAAACUAAAAGAAAUCAGUCUGGAGCCGCAAAACAUGAAGGUAGAUUCUCUCUGCAGAUCAAUCAGCAACAACCCUAGCCCAGCAGCGUUGGCGGUGAAAGCAAAUUCAUCUGUCCUGUAAAGAGACUUCUUUAUUUGGAUUUGGAAGCUAUAGCUAGUCUAAGGACACUCAAGACAGCCAACUUUAAGCCUUAAACAACAAUUAAUGUUAAAGGUGACUCCUCCCAUCCUCAGUCCAUGAACCCAGUAAACACAUGAAUGAAGUAAACAGG